AUGGCCCCCACCCUUCCGCCAGAAGUGUGCGAUCAGGUGAUCGACGCAGUUUGGCCGCGUUCUGAGCUUCGCCCUUGCGCGCUCGUCUGCAGGCAGUGGAGGCCCCGCGCUCAGCAUCAUCUGUUCACAGAAAUAACCCUCCGAGUUGGCGAUGUGACCGGACCACGCAGGCGCACCGAUCCUGGCGGCACCCUUCGCCAAGUGCUCUCGGCAAAUCCCGACCUCGCCCGACACACCACCACACUUUCUUUGCACCACUCCUCCUUCCUCUGGGGAAACACCAAGUGGGAGAAAGCCGACGUCGAGCACUGGCCCGCCCUGUUUCCCAAUCUCAGAAAGCUUUCUCUCUACGAUCCGUUCUCAACCCCAUCUGCCGUCUCACUUCCACUUCUCGUCGAAACCCUUCUGGGCGCCCCCGCUUCUCUCCACACGCUCGACUUGGGUGGCGUUGACGUGGGCACUCCGAAUUUCCUUGCCAGACCAGAAUCGUUGACAUAUUCGGCGGGCAAGCAGGGGCGGGCUUCUCCCCCUCAUCUCCUACACCUGAUCGCCCAAUUCAACGCCAUCCCCUAUAUCCGUGGUGACCCGGGGGUCAUCCGCCCAACCAUUUCCCGUCUCCUUGACACGUUGGUCGACGCUGGAAUCUUUUCCCCCGAAACCUUGGUGACCCUGGAUAUGCCUCAGUACUGGAACAUUGGCCGUCAAUGGAAAGCGUUCAACUACACCUUCCCUUCUCUCGAACGUUUCGGCGUCAGUUUCAGUCACCCUCAACAUCUCGAUCCUGCCGUCGACGACGGACGUCAUCUGAACACACGCAAGCUUUUGGAGGUCCUGGCUCCCUCCACGCGCCUACGUUUCCUCGAAAUCAUCUACGGCGAGCCCGAAGCGCGCCCCGACCGCUCUCUCCGCCGGGAGCGCCUCUCCGACGUGUUCAUCAUCAUCCUAAACGACCACUUCUCACGCUCACCCAUCCCUCACCCGGCCAUAGAAGAGCUGAGGAUCACGCUCACAUACUGGGCAGAAGACAUCGACCGGGCGUGGUCCCCCGUCAUCCAGCAGCUCGCCGCGACGCUCGGCGACCGUACCCGGUAUCCCGCCUUUCAACGCAUCCGGGUGCAUGCACUACUUCCUGCUGCCUACUCGACCGCCCCUGACGACGAUCUUCUCGACGCCCCGCGCGAGAUCUGUACUCGCCUUUUUGCGCCUUUUGCUGGGGCGGGAGUCGAGGUUGCCGUCGACGCGAACUGGAUGAUUGGGGAUGACGAUGAAGACUCGGAUGACUACUAUGACGACUCGGAUGAUAUAGACGAGAUGGACAUGUGGGACGCACCGACCCCUCCUGAUGGAUACAGUGACGUCGAAGACGGGCACGAGGGUGACGAGGGUAGCUAUGAGGAUGACUCCGAGGAUGGAUCUGAGGAAAUAGAGUAUGUCGAAGUGUAG